CAUUCAACUUUCACUCUUCACUUCAGUCUUCACUCACAUCACACAGUCACACAGUACUUAACGCAAAUAUAGGCCUAAUGUUUAUUUUACCGAGUUAUUUUCAAAUUUUCACUUGCCAGAAAUUAUUUACUCUGAUCAAAUAAAACAUAUUAUUUUAACAUUAGGCCUACGUUAUAGAAUGAUUAAUAAUUCAAUACUUGAAAAUUUAUCAAUACACAAUAUUAAUUUGUCAGUUUAUUAUAUUGCGAGUGUUUUAAUAACAGUUUUAUCCAUUAUUAUUACAUGGUGGUAUCAAAAAUAUUCAUCGGCAAAACUAGAAGAUUCUGGUGUUAAUUCAAGCAUUAGUGAGGGACAGAUUGAAGAGGAAACCUCAGAUCUCAAGGAAUCCCAACGCAAAGACGAUUCAAUAGAUGAAAAUAUCAUGUCUCAUAUUAAGAAAAGACACUCCUUAGCAGAAGAAGUAGCUGCAAACUUGACUCAGCAACAACUUGAGGAAGAAAUGGAAGUUGAGAAGCAACAGUUAGAGGCAAUAUUCCAGCUCCUUCAAAAUCAGCAAGAAAAAUAUCAAGUUUCAUCAAUGGAAGAAUUAGAAGACCAACUUAGACUCUAUCGUUAGAUUUUACAAAAGUCAAGGUUUUUGUAGGUCCUAUUACCUAUGUUGUACAUAUUGUAUUAUUAACAAUACAUGUGGCUUUAAUUAAAUGUUUUAAAUUAUAAUGCCUAAUUAGUCUUUUAUACUAAUUUAGAUUUAUUUAUUGUUAAUAUAGUACCUGUAUAAAAUAUAUUUUAUGAGAUCAAUACUUUGUUCAAAACUUGAAUAAAUGUUUUCAAUGUUA